AUGACAGAUCCCGAAAUUCUCAAGGACCUCAAAGAACUUGAAAAGUCAUCCAGAAGAUCCAAUCUAUCCAUCCGUAAUAGGCUUCUCUCCAUUUUGCACGACCACUCCUACUUGGUUAACCUUCGAAAUGCAGUUUUCAAAGAGUUCGAUGUUUUGUUUAUACCCAACGAACGUUGUGGACUAUGGUAUUUAAAGCACGAUGAAUUUCCCGCUACUUGUUACUUUAAGUCUACCGAUGGUCAUACAGGUCAGUGGGAUUUUAGUACUCGGAGGCUCAACUUUCACUUGCUACCUCUUCUAGCUUCUCAUGAUGCUUUGGUCAUAGUGGAUUCGACCAGAAGCGGUAAAAAAAUGUCAGAUGCCUUUAGUCGUACUAUACCCAUUUGGUGUUCCAUUCUUGGAAAGAUGAUUAGCCCGGAGUUGUCCUGGAACCAGUUGCUAUUUGUGCCAUCCGUCGUCUCUACUAUGGAAAGAGAGACCAUCAUUAAAAAGCUUGAUGUACUAUAUGAAAAAUUCCUCGGACUAGAUCUUAGCAUUCCUGUUCCUAAGCCCCUGCGUCCCUUUAGACCCGUAUGGAUUUCUCCAGGUAGCUUGAUAGAUGCUUCUGCUGUAAGGGAGUUGCUGAAUUUGGAAACUCAACAGUUUCAGCCCUUAUUUCUCGUCACUGCCAGCAAAGCUUGUCCCGAUGGUGAGGAUAAAAUGGCAGCUUACACUUAUGUCCAAGGAGCUGCCGACGACCAUGAGUCUUGGUCUCGUGGGCUUGACUCACAGAUGUUCUGGAAUCAUGUAGAAUGCUUUAGUGAUGUUCUUACGGAUGAGAGUAUGGUUGUCUCCAAUGUGGUCCGGCUUGUUGAUAGCGCAAGAUUAGCAUCUUCUCCGGUGCAGACAAUUGUUUCUGGGUGUACUGCAUUUUGGGAUACUACAGACGUUACCCAGAUAACCAGCCAGAUCUUUCUUGGAAAACUACAGGAUCAAUUGCCUCACCAUAUCGACGUCAACUGGAAAUCUAACGAUUUCACUUUAGUAGUGGUACUGGAUGAAUCGAUUGUGGCAUCCACUCCCCAUUGUGCUUCUUACCCAUUGACAUCAGGUUCCAAAAAAUCUUCCAGGCAGCUACGUAAGGAACUUCCCAAGAUUAUGAACCUUAUUAAAUCGGUUCUCUAUGCUGACGAUUCCAAUAGGAUCAUUCUUCUUUGUGGUGACGGCAGUGAUCUGUCUGUGGGUGUGCUGUUAGCAUGUCUUUGUAUGUACUACAAUGAGAAUUGGACAUAUAGAUUGGAUUCACCAAACAUUAAUAAAGUAGACAAGGUACAGAUACAUCGUCAUCUAGCCAGAAUCGUGGAGAAACGAAGAGUUAACCCCAGCAGAGCCACUCUCAACUCAGUCAACUACGUUCUCAUGUCUUAA